AAAAUAAUGAAAAAUAGGUAAAAAGAAACAAGAUUUUCCUCUUAUCACUCCCAAAUCCAAUCCAAACGAUCUUAUCCAAUAUCUCUCAUGUUUGUUACACUAGUGAUGAUGAUGGUUAUAUAUCCGGGAACCAAUUAUUUCACGAAUGGAAAAAACCACAACAUCAGCAACAAAAAAUUUCUGGUGUCAUGGCAUCAAAAAUCUUCACAACAUGUUUUUCUAUUUUGAUCGGAUUAUUUUUGCUCAAAGAUGUUGAUGCUUAUAAUGAUAUCAAUGUGUACGAGUUGGUAAAGGGCAAUUUUUCCGUCAAGAUCACCAAUUAUGGUGCUACUGUUCUUUCAGUCAUUCUUCCUGAUAAAAAUGGAAAAUUGGACGAUGUGAUUCUUGGUUAUGAAACCGUAGAUGAAUACAAGAAUGAUUCAACCUAUUUCGGAGGUCUUAUUGGUCGUGUGGCAAACCGAAUUGGACAUGCUACGUUCAAGCUGAAUGGGGUUAGUUAUAAACUUCCGGCCAAUGAUCAUGGGAACACUCUUCAUGGUGGUAGUGUUGGAUUCAAUGAUGUUGUAUGGACAGUGGAUGAGUAUGUUAGAGAUAAAUACCUUAGUCUCCAUUAUCUUAGCAAUGACGGUGAACAAGGUUUUCCAGGAGCAGUUAAUGUUUAUGUGAUGUACAUGUUGGUUGGAACCAACAGAUUGGCCAUCAAAAUGGUAGCCAAACCUCUGGACAAACCUACUCCAAUAAACCUUGCAUCCCACACUUAUUGGAAUCUCGCUGGCCACAACAGUGGUGACAUUUUAUCCCAUAAAAUCCAAAUCUUUGGCUCUCACAUCACCCCAGUUGACCAAAAACUCAUCCCCACCGGAAAAAUCAUGAACAUCGAAGGCACACCUUUUGAUUUCUUGAAAUCUAGGACCAUUGGUAGUAGAUUUAAGGAAAUCCCUGAUGGAUAUGACAUCAACUAUAUUAUAGAUUACAAAACAAAUAAACAUGUACACAAAGUCGCAACUGUUUUUGACCCGGCAUCAGGGCGAAAAAUGGAGCUGUGGAGUAACAAGCCCGGAGUACAGUUCUACACCAGCAACAUGUUGAAUACCACAAAAGGAAAAGAUGGUGCAACUUACCAUACAUAUCAGGCGUUCUGCUUGGAGACUCAAGGGUUUCCAGAUUCAGUCAAUCAUCAUAAUUUCCCUUCUCAGAUUGUUCAGCCUGGAGAAAAGUACAAGCACCUUAUGAUUUAUAGGUUCACAAGUGUUUAGGUCUGUGUUUUGUUUUUUUCUUUGUUUUUUUGGGGGGGUCUAGAUGUCACAUUACUUUACAAAUUUCUAUUUUUUUUCUCUACAAAUUUCUAUUUUUUUUCUCUUUGUUAUCAAGAUAAAGUUGAUUCAUCUUUAGGCUGUUAGUUUUUCUAAACCCUUAGGUAAAUCAAAGAGAACAUCUAUUUCAUUAUUAUUAUUAUUUAGUAAAGUGAAAUAUUUUUCCAUUA